CUAUCAGAAACAGGUACUCUAAGACUAAUCGCAUCUCUCUCUCUACACACACUGCUCAGCCUGGCCUCAGUCCAUAGCCACACCUCCUGCAGCUGUGGGCUGAACCAGGAUGUCAUUCCCAUUCUCUGUCAUGCAGUUUCAGAGAAACUAAACAUAACGCUGUUUGUCAGUGUGAGCAGUAAAAUGGCUGAGGCCAGUAUCUCAGUGGAUCAGAACCAGUUUAUCUGUGAAAUCUGUCUGGAUCUACUGACGGAUCCGGUGACUAUUCCCUGUGGACACAAUUACUGUACGGACUGUAUUAAAAGGUGCUGGGAUCAGGAUGAUUGUACUGGUGCUUACAUCUGUCCCCAGUGCAGAGAGACCUUCUCCACAAAGCCUAUUAUGAGGAAAAACACCAUGUUUGCUGAGGUGGUGGAGAAACUGAAGACAGGACUCCAAGCUCCUCUUCCUGCUUACUGUUACGCUGGACCUGGAGAUGUGGCGUGUGAUUUCUGCUCUGAGAGAAAGCGUAAAGCCAUCAAGUCCUGUCUGGUGUGUCUGGCCUCUUACUGCAAAACUCACCUCCAGCCUCACUAUGAAUCUCCUGCCUUUAAGAAGCACAAACUGGUCAAAGCCACUGGAAACCUACAGGAGAAGAUUUGUUCUCCUCAUGACAAACUGCUGGACAUUUACUGUCGUACCGAUCAGCAGUGUAUCUGUUAUCUGUGUACGAUGCAUAAACACAAAGGCCAUGAUACAGUUCCAGUGGCAACAGAAAGGACUGAGAAACAGAAACAGCUGGAGUCGACACAGAGUAAAUUUAAGAUGAUAACCCAGGAGAGAGAGAAGGAGCUGCAGGAUCUGAGAAGGGCUGUACAGUCACUCAAGAGCUCUGCACAGGCAGCAGUGGAGGACAGUGAGAGGAUCUUUACUGAGCUGAUCCACUCCAUUGAGAGAAGGCGCUCAGAGGUGAAAGAGCUGAUCAGAGAUCAGGAGAAGGCUGCAGUGAGUCAGGCUGAAGGGCUCCUAAAGCAACUGAAGCAGGAGAUUGCUGAGAUGAGGAAGACAGAUGCUGAGCUGGAGCAGUUGUCACACAUGGAGGAUCACAUCUACUUCUUCCAGAGCUUUAACUCUGUCUGUGCCCCUCCUGGACCUGGAGACUUACCCAGCAUCACUAUCAACCCACAUUUCUCCUUUGAGACUGUAAGGAAAUGUGUUUCUGAGCUGAAAGAGCGACUGGAGGACGUCUGCAAGGGUGAAAUGUCUAAGAUCUCCAAGGCAGGCAGAGCAAUGGGCAUUUAUGGCUGCUUUACUGAGACCGGGGAGCCCUCAGAAGCCAGAGCCACAGCAGCUGAAGUGGAGACCUGUCCCCUCUGCAUGAAGCCCUUUCAGAAGAAGCAGAGGCUGAUAUGUACUCAUGCCUUCUGCGAAGCCUGUCUGGAGAGAUCUACAAAAAGACUGGGUCCCCAGUGUCCAGUGUGUCUAACAGCACUGGGAGUCCAGCCGGAGGGACGGAUGACAUGGAAACAUUUUUUUGGAUACGCUCUUUUAAUUACAUACAAUAUUCCUGAUGGAAUACAGAUGGAGGCCCAUCCCAACCCAGGAAAGCCCUUUACUGGAAUCCAAACAUCGGCCUGGUUACCAAAAAGCCGAGAGGGUCAGGAGGUGCUGAAGCUGCUGCAAAGAGCCUUUGACCAGAAGCUGGUUUUUACUGUGGCUGCAACCGAUGGAGGUGCAGACAGAGUCGUCUACACUGACAUCCCCCAUGCAGCAAACUGGGAUGAGUGCAGACAGCCUGGCUUCUUACAAAAGGUGAAGGCGGCACUCAGAGCCAAAGGCAUUCAAUGACUGCAUGAACAGACAUCGAAUUGUUGAAUACUCUCCCUGUGCGUAUUCACACACACACACACACACACACAAACACAUGCGCACACACACAACACUCACAUACGCACACACUACACAUACAUGCAAACACACAUACUCACGUUAAUUUUAUAUAAUAUGGAUGAUUUUGUGGAUGAUGAGGCUACAGUUCAGCUCUAUGACCUGAAAGCAAAAUUCUUUCCCCAUCACCCAGGUAACACCAUCACUGCCAUAAAGCGUGGUGUUGGCAGCAUAGUGCUGUGGGGUUGCUUUUCAGCAAGACAGAAUUUAAAGCUUAUUACCAUGAAGGACAUGAUAGAUGGAGCCAAAUACAGGAAGAGUCUUGAGGAGAACCUGUUUCUGUCCUGAAGAGACUUACAUAUAGGACACAAAUUCAUGUUCUAACCAGGCAAUGACCCAAAGCACACAAAAAAACUACCAAGGAAUGUCUUUAAAACACGAAGGCCAGUAUUCUGGAAUAUCCCAGUGAGAGCCCAGAUAUGAACCCCAUUGAAAAUCUGUGCUGUGGCCUAAAAAAAUUGCUUUCCACCAACACUCCCGAACUUUGAAAUUUGAAACUUUUGGAAAUUUGAUAGGAGGAACGGGAAUUUCCCCUUGUUUUUUAUUUCUUCUGUAUGAAGUGUCCGCUUGUGUGUAUUUACUCCUUACUUUGUGAUAAUAAACUUCCUUCCUGACAUUUUG